CCCCAUCCCGCCCUUGCUGAUGGCCGGCGGAAUGUUGGAGAGACAGCGCUGGUACUGUGGGAGCGGUGCUCUGCAGUAGCCCAAACACUGCUGUGUUCCCGGCCCCCGUUCUAGUAACUCAUCUGCAAACUGUUGGUCCCAUCUUCAUCCUGUGAACAUGUUCAACAGUUACAAUGUUAAGUUCUACCACAGCAAAGCUCUCACCUCCCCAUAUCCAGGAUCACACGUUGAGCGUAGCCAAGUUCCAGAAGAUAAAGUGGGCUGGUUGACGGAAUGGAAAGAUUAUAAUCCUGUGGAGUACACUGCAAAGUCUGUUUUGUCUGGACCCAGUUGGGCAGAUCCCCAAAUCAAUGAUGAAGGUUUUUCUCCCAAAUUCAAUGAGAGAGAUGGAGAAGUGGAGAGGAAGAGUCUGAAUGGCUUGUACGUGGUUGAAAAUGGGAGACCCCGAAAUCCAGCGGGAAGGACUGGCCUCACAGGCAGAGGAUUGUUGGGGCGCUGGGGACCAAACCAUGCUGCUGAUCCCAUCGUAACUAGGUGGAAAAGGGACGGAAGUGGCAAUAAAGUUGCUCAUCCAGUUACUGGCAAAAACAUCUUGCAGUUUGUGGCUAUCAAGAGGAGAGACUGUGGGGAGUGGGCCAUUCCAGGGGGGAUGGUGGACCCAGGGGAGAAGAUCAGCGCUACCCUGAGGCGGGAAUUUGGGGAGGAGGCCUUGAACUCUUUGCAGAAAUCGCCCGAGGAGAAAGCAAAAUUGGAGAAGCAGCUCCACAAGCUGUUCAGCCAGGAACACUUUGUGGUGUACCGAGGAUAUGUGGAUGACCCUCGUAACACUGAUAAUGCCUGGAUGGAGACAGAGGCUGUGAACUAUCAUGAUGAAACAGGUGAGACAAUGGAUAAUUUGCCUUUGGAAGCAGGUGAUGAUGCUGGAGUAGUCAAGUGGAUUGACAUCAGUGAGAAGCUUGAGCUGUAUGCAAGUCAUAGCUACUUCAUUAAGCUUGUGACUGAAAAACGGGGAGCCCACUGGAGUGAGGAUCCUGGACCUGAGUGCCAUGAGUGAUGUCAACGAGGAACUGACAGACAUCAGGAGAAGAAUAUGUUUUCCAGCCUUGAAACAGAUGACAUUGUCAUUUUGAGAGGAAAUUCAGUGAAAAUUCUGUGAAAUUCAGCUGGAAAAAACAAUCAUCAGUGAUAAAUAGAAGGUUUUUCAGAGACUUGAAUUUGCUUCUUUUAAUUUCUUAGCUAGUGUGAAAUGAGAUGCAGGAGGAGAUCUGACCUUGCUUUGCUUCCUUGUCUUCGUUAUUUGCAGCUGUUUCAUCAUAUCUGCAGAUGUGCACAGCCACACUGGGAUUCUGACUGGUGGUGGUUCAGAAGCUGUUCACUUUAGCUCUGUAUUUUUGCACUGAUUCCUUGUCAGGAGUGAAUCCUUAAGGGAUGUGAGACUUGUAGGAUAACCUGGAUAAUGACUUAAUUUAAGUGCUACAUAAUAAAGUGAAGUUUCUUUUUUGAAUCA